GAACCCAUCAUGGCGCCCGUGUCAAUGCCGUCAGCGCUCACUUUUGAGCUCCUGGGAAAAUGCUCAGUCACGAGGGCGCGUGCUGCAACAUUGCACUUGCCGCAUGGCCCAGUGCCCCUCCCCAUCUUCAUGCCUGUCGCGACUCAAGCCUCACUCAAGGGCCUCACACCGGACCAACUAGAAGACCAAGGAUGUCGGCUAUGCUUAAACAAUACCUACCACUUAGGUCUUAAGCCGGGCCAGGCAACCCUCGAUGCAAUAGGCGGCGCGCAUAAGCUCCAGUCAUGGCCACACAAUAUCCUCACAGAUAGUGGUGGCUUCCAGAUGGUGUCGCUACUCAAACUCGCAAAAGUGACGGAAGAAGGUGUGCGCUUUCUCAGCCCUCAUGAUGGCUCGCCCAUGUUGCUCACGCCCGAACACUCCAUCUCUCUCCAAAACUCAAUCGGCUCAGAUAUCAUCAUGCAAUUGGAUGACGUUAUUGCUACGACCUCGCCUGACCAUGCGCGCAUGAAGGAGGCCAUGGAGCGUUCAGUUCGCUGGUUAGACCGAUGUAUACAGGCACACAAGUACCCGGAGCGACAAAACCUAUUCUGCAUCAUUCAAGGAGGGCUUGAUCUUGAGAUGCGGAGAGAGUGUACCGCCGAGAUGGUCGCCCGAGAUACGCCAGGAAUCGCUAUCGGGGGACUUUCUGGUGGUGAGGAGAAAGAAUCAUAUUGCAACGUCGUCAAGACAUGCACCGAGUUACUACCUGAGAAGAAACCACGCUAUGUCAUGGGCGUUGGCUACCCCGAAGACUUGGUUGUCUCUGUUGCACUCGGUGCAGACAUGUUCGAUUGUGUAUGGCCCACUAGAACCGCCCGUUUUGGCAAUGCCAUCACCGCCCGUGGCACCGUUAACCUCCGUAACGCCAUGUACUCCGAAGACUUUGGUCCGAUCGAAGAAGGCUGCAACUGCACUUGUUGCCGCCCCAUCUCCGAAGGCGGCCUCGGUAUCACACGCGCAUACGUCUACCAUGUCACUGCCAAAGAAACUGCUGGAGCACAUCUCCUCACCAUGCAUAAUGUGCAUUACCAGUUGAACCUGAUGAGGCUGGUGAGAGACGCUAUCACGGAGGAUCAAUAUCCGCAGUUUGUAAAGGGGUUCUUUAGUAAGCUGUACAGUGGAGACAAGGAAAACUAUCCAAAGUGGGCUGUGGAUGCGCUAAAGGGCGUGGGUGUAGAUUUGUGGAUCGAUUGAGACUGGACUGGUACGGAGUUGUGAACUAUGAGAACUAAGUGUCCUUUUUGUUCUUACUUUUCGAGGAGGUGGGAUGCGUAUUUUCAUAAAACUCCUUCGCCAAACCAGCCUCCGCUCCUGACGAUGACUUUAUCAUCAUACGGUACUGUCUUUGCCAUGAGGCUAGCCCUGACGCUUGACAAAGUAAUCCAUCGGACCGCUCAACUUCUCUCUAUUUACACCACUACCAUAAUCAAUAUCUCGGUAGAUUAC